AUGAAUUUAUGUUUGAUUGAUCCUUUUAAACAAUCGGAUGUACCAGAAACAGUAGAAUACUAUUUGGUUGAUCCAAAGAAUAUUAAAUCAAAUUGUGCAUCAUUCAAUAGAAGAGGUACUUUACUUGCAGUUGGUUGUGCAAGUCCAAUAGGAAAGAUAUUAGUAUGGGAUUUUGAUACAAAAAAGAUUGUUAGAACAUUAUAUCAUCAUACUGGUUGUGUAAAUUCAAUAUCUUGGUCUAGAAAUGGUAAAAAGUUACUUACGGCAAGUAAUGAUGGAUCACUUGUACUUUGGGAUUUAGCAACAUCAAAAAUACUCUACAGUUUAGAAUUAGAGUCACCAAUUUUAUUUGCUGAAUUUCAUCCAAGAAAUAAUGAUUUAUGUUUAAUAGUUUUACAAAAAGGUACAGAUCCAAUAUUAUUAAAUUUUAAAAGUAGUGAAAAAACACCAUUGAAUAUAAAAUCAUUAGUAACAAGUUAUAUAAAGAGAGAAGAGAAUUCAACUGGUGUAAUUCCAACUAGUGUAAAUAGUAAUUAUAAUGGUGUGGCAACAUUUGCAUCAUUUAAUAGAAGAGGUGAAAAGAUAUUUUUUGGUGAUAGUUGUGGUAUGAUAUCAGUAUUGGAUUUUAAGAGUAUGACAAUCGAUAGACAAUUCAAAGUUGCCUCAUCAAAUACAACUGUGAAACAAAUUGAGUUUAGUAGAAAUCAUAGAUUCAUGUUAGUUUCAUCAUCUGAUAAAGUGUUACGUUUGAUUUCAUUAGAGUCAACUAAUUUGUAUCAGCAGAUGCGUGAAUAUCAAGAUAGUGUCAAUAGAAUGCAUUGGAAGAAAUGUUGUUUCAGUAGUAACAAUGAGUAUGUAGUGGGUGGUAUGAAUCAUAAAUCAAUUCAUAGUAUUUUCAUUUGGAGUGUUAGUGGUAGUUUAGUUAAAGAUUUAGAAGGUCCAAAAGAAGGACUGGUAGAUGUCGUUUGGCAUCCAUUAAGACCAAUCAUUGUUAGUAUAAGUUUCACUGGAGUAAUUUAUGUUUGGACUGCUUAUUUCGAAGAGAAUUGGAGUUCAUUCGCUCCUGAUUUUCAAGAAUUGGAAGAGAAUUUAGAUUAUGUUGAAGAUGAGGAUGAAUUUGAUGCAAAAGAUAGUGAUAAUGAAAAUCAAGAAGUUAACAAUAAUAACAAUAAUAAUAUUGGUCGUAACCCUUAUAAGAAAAUUAAAACUCAACAAGAAUUAAAUGAUAAAAACUCUGAAGAAGAAGAGUUUGUAGAUGUUGAUCAUAAUGAUAGAAUAACUGAAUUUAGUAGUGAUGAAGAGGAAGAUUUAUUUUGUUUCUCUGCUAUUGAUGAUAGAUACGUUUCAAAUGUUAAAUUUGAUGAUCCAAGACAUCCACUCUAUGAAAAAUAUCAAAAAGAUAAAGAAGACUCUUCUUCAACCACUUCAAAUUCAACAAUAUCAUCAUCAUCAUCACCAUCACCAUCAUCAUCAUCAACUACAACAACAACAACUACAUCUCAAAAAAAGGAUGAAACUCAAAAAAAAGAAAAAUCUACAAAAAAAGAAAGAAAUUCUGAUUCAAAAAAAAGAAAAUAA